UAGAGCAAAAGCGCGUGGGAACAAUGGGAGUACGACAGAACUGUGAAUGUAGAUAAGAUAAGGUAAUCGAUUCGAACAGAUGAUAAAAAUGCUGAACGGCUAGAAAAUUAAAGCCGCUUCGCGACUCCCCUUGCUACGGUGACCGACGGCCGGAUGGAAAUAUUUCCCACCAAUUAGUUUUGAUCAAUGAAUACGGUUACACGUGUCCCAUUUAUAUCCUCAUCAUCAAUACGGGUUGGUGAAUGCGCUAGUAAAUGUAAUCCGGUGGCAUCAUCAAUGCCAGUCCUUAAAAGUCUUUCGUUUCCAGAAUCUUCUUCUGUCGCAUUUCACUCUCGCUAUUUUAUAUCCUCAUUUGUUACCAAGAGAAGCAGAAAGUGUUGUUCUAGGAGUGCGGGAGCGGUGACAGUAGUAUCGAUGGCUGAUUUUUCUAAGAGUACUGUUCUUGUUACUGGCGCUGGCGGGAGAACUGGUCAAAUAGUAUAUAAGAAACUUAAGGAGAGGUCAGACCACUACGUUGCUAGAGGUCUAGUGAGGACUGAGGAGAGCAAGGGAAAGAUUGGUGGGGCAGAUGAUGUUUUUGUUGGGGAUAUCAGGGAAGUUGAUAGCAUCAUUCCUGCAAUCCAAGCCAUUGAUGCUCUAGUAAUUCUUACAAGUGCUGUACCAAAGAUGAAACCUGAUUUUGAUCCAAGCAAAGGUGGGAGGCCUGAGUUCUAUUUUGAAGAUGGAGCUUAUCCUGAACAGGUUGAUUGGAUUGGUCAGAAAAAUCAAAUAGAUGCUGCUAAGGCUGCGGGAGUGAAGCAAAUUGUGUUGGUUGGGUCUAUGGGAGGAACAAACCCUAAUCAUCCCUUGAACAGUUUGGGAAACGGAAAUAUAUUGGUUUGGAAAAGAAAGGCAGAGCAGUACUUGGCUGAUUCUGGUAUCCCAUACACAAUUAUAAGGGCUGGAGGCCUUCAAGAUAAAGAAGGCGGUAUCCGUGAAUUAAUUGUUAGCAAAGAUGAUGAGCUUCUUCAGACUGAAACCAGAACCAUUACCAGGGCCGAUGUUGCUGAAGUAUGCAUCCAGGCACUACAGUUUGAGGAGGCGAAGUUUAAGGCAUUUGAUUUGGCCUCAAAGCCAGAGGGCACGGGCACCCCGACUAAGGACUUCAAGGCUCUUUUCUCCCAGGUCACCGCUCGCUUUUGAGUCUUUGCUGUGUUGAAGGGCUAUGUAUGUCAGUUGGCUUCUGAGUUUUUAUGUUUAGUGACUGUAGACUAACCAUUAAGUGACGAAUAAUGAACAAACAAUCCUGGGUUUAAAAAAUUUCAAUGCUUCAGCACAACAACCAAUUAUAAUAAAUAAUAUAAUUAUUUUAUAUUCUAA